AUGGCCUUCGAACAUCAAUCUACCGCAGCUGAAAACGAAAGCGAUACCAUAGAAGUUCGCACUAUUUUUGAAGGAACUAUUGUCUUUGAUGUAGAAAGUACUGUACUGCUGGCAGAAAUGAAGCACCUAUUGUAA